UGUUUAAAACGAAAAUACAUUUACGUCUGAACGUGUUAUAAAUUAGGACACAGUUACUGGAGAGAGACUUUGUAAAAAUACUGUUAAAAAAAUCCAACGGGGACGAUGAACCGACAGAAUCUAGCGGAUUUGGGGGCCUAUACAGCCAUAGGCUGCGCCUCUACGUUCAUGGGCUCAGCAUACUAUGUCAAUUUUGUGCAGACUCCUGCUAUGAUGCAGGUCAAAGACACAAAGGCGGUGAGAGCUUUAUGGAAGGAGAUGUUUCUACGGGCCAAAAGAUACCAGAGUGGUUUUGCAAUGACAUCAGCAGCCGCGGCAGUUCUGGUGGGACUUCACGAACAGUCAAAAUAUCGCUGGCUGUGGUUCGGUAGCGCCGCCGCAAUCAUAGCUGUGGUCCCCUGGACGUUUAUUGUUAUGAUGCCAGACAUUAAGCGUCUUUUGGAAGAUGACGUGAUCGACAAAGAGGGAGAACAAUGGGUCCGAGACAAAAUCCGCCUUUGGAGCCGUCGUCAUGGUGUCAGGACCUUCCUGUCUGACCUCAGUGCCAACCUUAUGUUAGCAGCUGUCUACAUGACCCGGAUGUAAAUCUCUCUGAUUUCAAGUGGAAAAUGGCAAACCCCAAUCAAUAUUGUGACAAAUUGAGGUUUACUUUUAUGAUGCUUGAAUGAAAAAUCAGUGAAUACCAAUAUUAUUGAUUGAUGUGAUCUUUUACUUUCGUAUGUUUGUGUCUUUCUGGUAUGAUUUAAAUAAAUCUUAUUGCGAUCCUGAUACAUUGUGAAGUAUGACUUCAUUAUCAUAAAUUUAUUGCAAUUAUUGCAUUAAAUGCAGUAACAAAAAAUUUAUAUUAUUUACACUGAACGUCGUUAUGUAUUACAUAGUGAUGUGAAUAAAAUCAUUAAGAAUU